CCCGCGCGCAGCGGGCCCGGGGCGCCGAGACCCGAGAGGAGCCCCGCGCUCAGGCUGCGCGUCACCCGGCCCCGCCGUGCAACGCCGGGCUCGCCGAGUUUGCCCACCCGGCUGGCUGCGGGGUCUGGGCGGGUGUCCGUGCAGGGGCCCCAGAGGUCCGGGCCUGAGACCGUGGGCGGAAACCCCUCCUGGAGUCUCCCCCCAGCCAUGGACAGCCCUAGUCUUCGUGAGCUCCAGCAGCCUCUGUUGGCAGGCACAGGCUGUGAGCCCCCUGCCCAGAAGCCUGGCCAGCCUGAGCUGGGGCCUCUCUUAAGAGAGACAGCCUUUGUGGAGUCCCUGAGGGGUUGGCAGUUCCUACUGCCCCCUCUUCCCUCCGUGAGCGCUGGCCUGGGGGAGCCAGUGCCUCCUGAUGUUGAGGACAUGUCAUCCAGUGACAGUGACAGUGACUCGGACUGGGAUGGGGGUGGCCACCUCUCCCCUCUCCUACCCCACGACCACCUUGGACUGGCUGUCUUCUCCAUGCUGUGCUGUUUCUGGCCCGUGGGCAUCGCUGCCUUCUGUCUGGCCCAGAAGACCAACAAGGCUUGGGCCAAGGGGGAUGUCCAGGGGGCAGGGGCCGCCUCCCGCCGCGCUUUCCUGCUGGGGGUCCUCGCCGUCGGGCUGGGCGUGUGCACGUACGCGGCUGCUCUGGUGACCCUGGCUGCCUACCUUGCCUCCCGAGACCCGCCCUAGCUGUGGCCCUGCGGCCCCCCCUGUGAACCCGGAGCCGGGCAGCCAAGCGCAUCUGUGGGCAGAGUGUGGAGGAUCCCGGCGGACGGGGCGGGAGCAGCAUCCGGAAACGGGAGCGAGCCGGACAACCCCCUUCCCUUCCUGACCGCUCACCUGGCGGCAGCAACGCGAGAUUAAACACCAGACACCCUUGCAGCCCAA